CCCGUCGAGUCGCACGUUGAUGACUCGUUUUGUUUCUCUUUGUUUGAUUCCGCGGGCUGAUCGCAGUACGAGGCGUGUGCCGACACUUUCUUAGAGAUAAAAACGAUCUGAAGCAGAGAAGAGGAGAGACGGGGAAAGGAAGGACAGCCAGGUGAAACAGGAGGAGGAGGAAGAGGAGGAGUGCCGAUGAAAAGGAGCCUCCACAAGUUGCAGUGAGGUGUAAUUGGCUGUCCACGUGAGAAAGGAAUAUUAGAAGAGAACAGCAGACACUUAGGGUGGAGAAGAGUUUUACACGGAGCAUGGAUUCAGCCAACAGUGAUGGAGUGGAUGAAAGGCUGGCAAACAUUAAGCAAGAAGAUUGUGAAUGGGGUGCACCAGAGGACCUGUGUAUAAAGCUGGAGGAUUGUGAAAGGAGAAUUUCGGUUUUCAAGGAGGAGGAGGAGUCAGAGGGGGAAAUUGUUCAGGUUAAAGUGGAGGAUUCGGAAGAUUUCUCAGUAAGUCCUGAACUGCAAAAACAUGAAACUGUAAAUAUUUUCAAGCAAGAUAUGGCUGAUGAAGCUCAUUUCAGCUUACAGCCCUGGUUCACCAAUAUGGGACGACUGGCUGUCCAGCAGAAUUAUGUAACAGUGAAAUCUGAGUUAUCUGAGUUUGAGGAGAAAAUCACUGAAGGAAAGACAACAGAAGGAGAAGACUACGCUAAGAAUGUGGGGAUAUAUUUGCAGGAGAGUGGCAGCUUCUCUACAUCUUCAUUUGCCGAGACUUCUUUUCAGUGCAGACCGCAGCAAACUUGGCAGAAGGAGAAGAUGAAGACGUCAGCAAGAGUAACAGAGAAUUUGACAGCAGCCUCUGUGCACUUUAGUUCUCUUCCUGCUGCCCGACUAAUGCAGGUAGGAGUCAUCAACACUGAUCAACAGCAACUGCACAAUUCAGAUCAAACAGGCCAAGAGGACAUAAAAACUUUCCCACAAAUAUCUGAUUAUAAGUUAGUUGAUGUGAAACAGAAGCCAAAUUCUUUUUUUGAAUGUGGUCAGCUACUUUCAGGCGGCAGCCUCAAGAGACGUACAAUUCCUUUGGCAGAGAAACCUCAUUGCUGUUCUGAAUGUGGCAAACGAUUCUCACAGAUGAGCAGUCUUCACAGGCACACAAGGAUUCACACCGGAGAAAAGCCUUUUUGCUGCUCUGUAUGUGGUAAACGAUUUUCUGACAGUAGCAGUCUCCAAAGACACACACGAAUUCACACCGGCGAAAAGCCAUACAGCUGUUUGGAAUGUGGCAAGCGAUUCUCCAACAGCAGCGCUCUCCAACAACAUGUACAAAUUCACACCGGAGAGAAGCCAUAUUGCUGUUCCAUCUGUGACAAAAGAUUUUCCAACAAUAGCAGUCUUCAGAAACAUGCAAAAAUUCACACUGGGGAAAAACCUCAUUGCUGUUCUGAAUGUGGGAAGCGGUUCUUGCAAAUUGGCCAGCUUCAUCGACAUGUCAGAAGCCACACGGGGGAGAAACCCUUCUGUUGUACUGUAUGUGGUAAACAAUUCUCCCACAGCAGUGACCUUCAUGGUCACGAACGAAUUCAUACGGGUGAGAAACCGCACAGCUGUUCUGAAUGUGGCAAGUGUUUCUCAGACAACAGAUGUCUUAAUAGGCACUUGAGAAUCCACACUGGAGAGAAACCCCAUUGCUGUCAAGAAUGUGGCAAACGAUUCACACUAAUAAGCACUCUUCAGAGGCACACAAGAAUCCACACUGGAGAAAAACCUUUUUCCUGUUUGGAAUGUGGAAAACGAUGUUCUGACCGACGCAGUUUACAAAGACAUACAAGAAGUCACACUGGGGAAAAGCCAUAUAGCUGUUUAGAAUGUGGCAAAGGAUUUUCUGACAGCAGUACCCUUCAGAAGCAUACACGAAUUCAUACCGGAGAGAAGCCAUAUUGCUGUACAGAGUGUGGAAAACGAUUCUCCCAAAUAAGCAGCCUUAAUAGCCACUCAAAAAUACACACCGGAGAGAAACCUCAUUGCUGUUCUGAAUGUGGGAGAAGAUUCUUACAAAUAUGCCAACUUCAACGGCACCUCAGAAUUCACACAGGAGAGAAACCAUACGGUUGCCCUGAAUGUGGUAAACGAUUCUCACACAACAGUUGCCUUUACAGCCAUAGAAGAAUUCACACUGGUGAGAAACCGUAUAGCUGUUAUGAAUGUGGCAAGCGCUUCACAGACAGCAGGUGUCUCACUAGACAUGUGAGAAUUCACACUGGAGAGAAACCCUAUUGUUGCACCGAUUGUGGCAAACGAUUCUCAGACAGCACUGGCCUCCGUAGCCAUAAAAGAGUUCAUACAGGGGAGAGACCUUAUGGCUGUUCUGAAUGUGGCAAGAAUUUCUCAAACAGCAGCAAGCUUAAUCACAAGUUGAUCCAGACUGGUCAGAAGCCAUAUGCCUGUUCUGAAUGUGGAAAACUAUUUUCACGGAGAGACCAUCUUCACAAGCAUAAAAGAAUUCACACUGGAGAGAAGCCCCAUUGCUGCUCAGAGUGUGGCAAGCAAUUCUCACAAAUAAGCAAUCUUCACAUCCACACGAGAAUCCACACUGGAGAAAAACCUUAUUGCUGCUCUGAGUGUGGUAAGCGAUUCUCCCAUAACAACACUCUCCAGCAACACACCCGGAUUCAUACCGGAGAGAAGCCAUUUGGCUGUUCUGAAUGUGGCAAGAGAUUCUCCGUUAACAGCAGCCUGCAGAAGCACAUGACCAUUCACACUGGAAAGAAACCUCAUUGCUGUUGUGAAUGUGGGAAAACAUUUUCCUACAACAGCAGUCUUCAGAAACAUACAAAAAUUCAUACUGGGGAGAGAACUCAUUGCUGUUCUGAUUGUGGGAAAAGAUUCUCACAAAUAUGCCAUCUUCAACGCCACAUCCGAAUUCAUACCGGAGAGAAACCUUACUGUUGCACUGAAUGUGGAAAACGGUUCUUGGAGGUCAGCCAUCUUCAGAGUCACAUCAGAACUCACACGGGAGAGAAACCGUACUGUUGUUCAGAAUGUGGCAAACGAUUUGCAUACAGCAAUACACUUCACAAACAUAGAAGAAUCCACACAGGUGAGAAACCUCACUGCUGUUCUGAAUGUGGGAAAAGAUUCUCGGAGGCCUUCCAUCUUCAGUGUCACCUUAGAAUCCACACUGGAGAGAAGCCGUACUGCUGUCCUGAAUGUGGAAAACGAUUCUCAAACAGCAGUGGCCUUCAUAGACAUAAGCGAGUUCAUACUGGGGAGAAGCCUUACAGCUGCUCUGAAUGUGGUAAGAGUUUUUCAGACAUAAGCAAUCUACAGACCCACAUGAGAAUUCACACUGGAGAAAAACCUCACUCUUGUUCAGAAUGUGGCAAACGAUUCUCGCAGAUAAGCAGUCUUCAGAUUCACACCAGAAGUCACACGGGGGAAAAGCCGUUUAGCUGUUUUGAAUGUGGAAAACACUUCUCUUGUGGUAGUAGCCUUCAGAGGCACACACGGAUUCAUACAGGAGAAAAGCCAUAUAGCUGUACUGAAUGUGGCAAACGAUUCUCUGACAGCAGCAGUGUUCAUAGCCACACAAGAUUUCAUACUCGAGAAAGGCCAUACUGUUGCUCAGAAUGUGGUAAAUAUUUCUCUUACAGUAGCAGUCUUCAAAGACAUACGAGAAUUCAUACUGGAGAAAAGCCGUACAGCUGUUCUGAAUGUUGCAAGAGAUUCACUGACAGUAGCACUCUUCAGAAGCACAAACGAAUACAUACUGGAGAGAAGCCGUAUUCCUGUUCUGAAUGUGGUAAGCGGUUUUCACAAAUAAACACCCUGCACAGGCACUCGGAGAUUCACAAUGGAGAGAAGUGAAUCUGCAAUGAGCCAGGUGUGGUACACAGUAUCUGAAAUUUUGCCGGUGGUGUUAGGAUCAACAGGUCUCAUCAAUAAAAAGCUUACAUGCCCGUCUUGACAUCCCACCAAUUGCCAUGACUCCAUAAGAACUGCAAAAGGAAGUGUUAUUAGGAGCAAUGCAGGUGCUACACCAAGCCCUCACUGCACAUUUUAGGAACUGAGAAACAAAGCAGUAGAGCUGACCUGUCAUGACUAAAGAGAGAGGCUCACUGCAUUCUGUCUUGAUAGUAAGGACGUCAAGAACAUUUGGAGAAAUAAACCCUGAGAGAAAGCAAUCUGGAGUUUGCCAAAUGUAGAAUUGGGAUCAACAGGUUUCAUCAGCAGAUACUUCCAGGCGCAUUUGAUGCCCCACCAAUUGCUAUCACUCUGUCUGAGCUGCAAAAGAAGGCAUUAUUAGGAACAAUUUGGGUACUAUGCCCACAAAUAAACUAUUUAUAUGAUUUAUAGAAUUUAUGGGAAGAGCAAUUAUAGUAGUAAAACAGAAAUGUCCAGAUUAAAGAUUGAGGCUUACUCCUGUUUUCAUAGUUGGCACCUAAAACUCAGUUGGAGAAAUUUACUACUGAGAGAAACUUCAUUGAAUGUAAGGAAAAAAAAAUACUUACAAAUGUGUCAGGUCAACAAUAAAUUAUAAUUUAUACUAGGGAGAAAAACUAUUGGUAGCCUGAACAUUGUAUGCACUUCUCAGAUCAGAGGUCAUGAAAAACAUAACAAUGAGGUAGCACAGCAUUGCUGUUCUAAAUGUGGGAAACGAUUCUUACAAAUAUCCAAACUUACAUUGCUCUUAAUGUGGCAAGUGUUUCUCAAACAAGUCUUAGGAGCCACGUGAUAAUUCACACUAGAUAGAUCAAUCAAUCAAUAAGCUACAAUGAGAAAUGUGACAAUUUUGGAAUAAAACCACCAACAUUCACUGGGGCUGAGAUCUACAGGACUCAUUAAAUGAAACUUCUGGAUGUACCCAGAAAAUGUUUACAAUUUUCAUAGGAAUUGAUUACUUUUUUAUGACAAUACCAUUACAUUGACUUAAAAAUACAGCCAGUACAUUCCCAGUCUU